AUUCAUCAAUUGGUUAGUCGAUAUAUCGAAGAUCGUGAUUCUCGUGUUAGAACUAGCGCCCUGCAAAGCAUGCUAACUUUACACAGUAGAGGCAUAAAAUUGGAAUUACCAAGCUAUGACAGGGCCGUUCAAUCUAUUAAAGAUGAUUAUGAAGAUGUUCGAAUUAAUGCUAUGAAGAUGAUAUGGGCCAUAAGUAUGGAAUAUAGCGACAGCUUCUAUAAAUCGCUAUUGUCAGGAGAGGAGAACAAACUAGCUGACGAAGGCUUUAUUAAAAUCUGUGGCAUGAUGACCGAUUUAUCGAUGAAAGUGAGAGUUGAAGCCGCUAAACUCUUGGGUAUUUUCCAUCCAGUUAGCUUCAAAUAUUUAGAGCAAACAUUGGAUAAAAAAAUCAUGUCUCAUCUGCAGAAACGUAAAAGUGACCACGAAAAGAAAAUUGAGAGAGUAAAGGCUGGAGAAUCAGCUGUUAGUUGGUCUAGUGGAAGAGUUUGGAAGAAGGAUGCUCCUAAGCCUGAACUUACAGUCGACGACGUCAAUCUAAUGGAAAGUGGAGCCUGUGGGGCUUUUGUACAUGGUCUCGAAGAUGAAUUUAUGGAGGUUCGAAUUGUUACUGUGGAGUCAAUGUGUCUACUUGGCCAAAGAUAUGAACCAUUUGCUCAUCUGUUAACCGAUUUCAUUGUGGAUAUGUUAAAUGAUGAAAUUGAGAGUGUUAGGCUGGCAGCAAUUCAUUGUUUGAAAAGAUUAGCUCACAAAAUAACUCUUCGCGAUGAUCAACUAAAUAUUGUACUUGAUCUAUUAAAGGAUCGAUCAACGGAAAUACGCAAUGCUUUAAGGAUUUUACUACGUUCACUACAUUUUACAACUGUUCCGCCACUGCAGUUUGGCGUUCAGGCAUUGAUUAGAAACUUACAUCAGUACAGAGAAGAUCAGUUAUCUAUUUGGGAGUGCUUGAAGGAUUUAGGCAAAGAUCAUGGAUACCUUAUUAUGUCCUUUAUAACCGAUUUACUAUCAUUGCAUCCCUACUUUGCUACGUCUGAAGCGGAUAUCUCUGAUCCAUCUCAUAUUGGUAUUGCUAUAUUUAUUUUUAGCGCAUCAACAUCUUACCCCCUGUUAGUAAAUUAUUUUCCCCAGUUUCUUUUCAAACAUUAUUCAUAUCUAAAAGACAAAUAUCCUGAUUUGGUCCCUAUUUCAAAGGUUUGUAAAUAG